GAAGAGCAUCAGGGCAUCAAACAUGUUUGAUACAUUAGGAGAAACCUCGUUCUUUACCCAAGUUUGGUCUGGUGUGAUUAUGAAAUGAAAACAGAAAGAUCAUUGUUGUUAAUGACCGCUCUUCAAAACUUUUCGCGCCGACGCAGUUUUAGCUUUUCUCAAUAGAUGGCGCUGUUCGCGCAUGCGCUUGAUUGUUUUUUUCGUGUUAGAAGAAUUUCAUUUGAGAUAGGUUUUAAUCAUUAUGAGAACCAAAAAAGGUUAUAAUAUGAUUGUUUUAAGUUGAAACAUUAACGGCUAGCCUACUUUUAGUUGUUUAGCCAAAUUUUUUCAGGUAAAACUUAUCUCUAUUAAGAUAUUUGUCCGUGUAGAAAAACCAUCCGAAACGCACGCUCGACCGGCGAUUUUUUCGACCUUAUUUCUGAAAUUUCUUUCAAUUUUGCGUAAUAAACCGAAAAAAACGUCUAUUAUGGAUUGGUGAGGCCGCCAAGACCUACAGUUUGAUACAACUGGCAUAGUUGUAGGUGUUGUGGUUACCGAGAUGAAUCGAGUCGCUAAAUUACACCAGACCAAGCACAAUACUCGUUCUCCCACCUCCAAGAGGGAAGUGAGAGUGGAGUAUAUUGGUUCCGAUAUGAUGAGUGGACAGACAUGUGAGAAAUGGCGACUGGUAGACACCAAGGGAGAAAAAGUCAAUAAGUACACCAUUUGGGUGAGGUACAAGAAAGGACCUGGUGGAAAGAAGUAUCUUAUUCCAGUGCGAUAUGAGAUGAAGGGUUUCAACUCUCUUCUUGGCUCUCACUAUGAUCAUUAUUUUCUUGAAUACGACUGGUAUUCAGUUGAACCCAUUGAUUCUAAUGUUUUUGAAGUCCCUUCAGAUCUGAAAUGUGAAAGUUUUCCUGGUCCUGGUAGUGAUCAUGUUGUCACCUUUAAUCCUAUGCAAGAAUUUGUACACAGAGAUGAUCGCCAUGUUGUUGCCGCCUUUGAUGAAUAUUUGAGGACUCACAAGAAACAGUACUCUAGAUAUUCAGAACAUUCAAAGCGUCAUGGCAUUUUCUUGCAAAACUUACGCUUUAUUCAUUCAUCAAACCGAGCCAAUAAGGGAUAUCAGUUAGCUGUGAAUCAUCUUGCAGACCGCACUGAGCUUGAGCUUAAAGCUUUAAGAGGAAAACAGAGGUCAACCACAACUUACAAUGGUGGUCUGCCUUUUCCCUAUGACUCAACAAAAAUGGUUAAAGAUGUGCCAGCAGAAUACGAUUGGAGAUUGUACGGGGCAGUUACACCAGUCAAAGAUCAGUCAGUCUGUGGAUCUUGUUGGAGUUUUGGAACAACAGGAGCUAUUGAAGGAGCAUACUUUGUAAAGUAUGGCAAGCUACUAAGACUAUCCCAACAAGCUCUAAUUGAUUGCAGUUGGGGAUAUGGUAACAACGGAUGUGAUGGUGGAGAAGAUUUCCGCUCUUACCAGUGGAUGAUGAAGCAUGGCGGUCUACCCACUGAAGAUGCUUAUGGACCCUAUUAUGGACAGGAUGGAUAUUGUCAUCUUGAUAAUGUCACAUUGUCCGCACCAAUCAAAGGAUAUGUUAAUGUUACGUCAGGAGACGCAAAUGCUCUAAAAGUGGCAGUUGUGAAACAUGGCCCAAUUUCUGUUGCCAUUGAUGCUUCCCAUCGUACAUUCUCAUUCUAUGCCAAUGGAGUUUAUUAUGAUCCUAAAUGUGGAAACACGACAGAAACAUUAGACCAUGCUGUUUUGGUUGUUGGUUAUGGUAAUUUGUAUGGCAAACCAUACUGGCUUGUGAAGAAUUCAUGGUCAAACUAUUGGGGAAAUGAUGGAUAUGUUCUGAUGUCUCAGGAAAACAAUAAUUGUGGUGUAACAUUAGAUCCAACUUAUGUUCUUAUGUAAAAUUAUAAUUAUUUUGAAUACUACUGUAUCUUUUUCGGGAAAAAACUCAGUAAAUUAAAUAAAAUGUAAUUAAAAUGUCAA